UUAUUCUGAAUAAAAUAAAUAUGAACAAGUUUACAAAUGACUUUGGCAAGAACGUUCAGGUUCCUGCUGAUUCAGAACAGUUCAAGCAGAUUAUGUACAACCUGACCCUCAAUCUUGGGAUUCCUUCUGCAGAGAUUAUGGUGGAUCAUUUAUCAACGAUUCCAUACAGUUUUGCUGGGUUCAACAAAGGAGAAAAUGAAAAUUACCUGGAAGCCUGGGUGAACCAGGACAGGCUUGAUGAAGACCAGAACAUUGAAAACUGCUUCAAUAUCAACCCUGAUAGACCAAUGAAAUUUACUGUCGGAUCCCUCUUUGAUAAUAAUGACAUUCCAGAAAACACUGAGUUCACAUUUAUUAUCUGCAAAAUUUCUGUCGGGAGAUCCUUAGUAAUUUCACACAAGAAAUUUAUGGAAAUGGGAGGAAACCUGGAGAAACCACCUCAAGGAUAUGAUAGCAUCUUUGUAGAAAAUGAGCCUAACAAGAAGCGUUCCCUUCUUUCGUAUCAAUACUUUCUCUUCUCAGACACUAGAGUGCAGCCAAGGUUUAUUAUCAAAUUCAAACUAAGGUUGCACCUUCCAGAAGAUGCUCACAUUGUAGAAUGUGAAGGAUGCCGAGAGAAUGCAGUCGUUUACUGUCGAAACGAUAAAUGCUACCUCUGUGAAGACUGCGAUACCAAGAUUCACAAUGACAAUACAGAUCAGGAUAAAAUGAGAGUCCUUUCCAAACACGAAAGAGUUCCAAUAAGUGAAAAGCAUAAAUAACUUUGGAAAAUGCAACUUCCAUCCUGAGAGAGAUUUUGAGUUCUACUGUGAAAAUUGUGACCUACCUAUCUGCGUUGACUGAAUGGUUAUAGGGAACCACGCAGGCGAUAAUGCCAAGGAUCAUAUGACUAUUAAUAUCUUUGAAAAGUAUAAAGAAACUCUACAUCGCUGCAACCAAGAAGAUGCGAAUUUAUCCAAGAAGAAAAACUUGAUUAAUACAAAUAUAAAUCUAAUUAAAGAACGUAUGAAGGAAUUAGAGCAAUGAGCAAAGGACUUAGAACAAGAAAUCUACAAGAUACUCAAAAAUACUCUCAAAGAUCUAUCUGUAAAGUUCAAGAAGAAGAUCACAAUGCUUAAAAGUGACCUUCUAGAACUAAAUAGACAAAAUCAGGAAAUAGAACAUGUUCAGGAAUAUAUUUAAGGAGCAGUCCAACCAGAUGCCACCUGUUAGCUUCCUAAAGAUAUUUUCAAGUUAUCAGAACUACAAAAAGAAGCUUCAGGAACAGAAGACUACCAUCACUGAGAUGCAGGUGCAGCUCAAGUUAGAUGGAAAGCCUAUUAUCACUACUGAUUCCUCUCAUAGAAAUAUUGACAUCGAAGAUUCCAACAGAGAGAAAAAGAAUGUGAUGGAUUUCUCUAAGAACUCAAUAGUAAAUCAGAUUACUCAGAAGUCAACGAAGUUCAGAUCACAAUUGAUAAAUAAGGCAACUAAGGAAGAACUUAAAGGUUUCAAUCCCUUCAGUUCGAGCAUUAACAAUGCAAAGUCUUCGCUUGUUCCAACCAACCCGUCCCAGAUGCCUUCUUCCUACAAGGAUCCCAAUAAGGAAUUUAGAAGUGGAGAAAUGCUAGAAAAACCAGACCAAAGAUCAAAAAUAAAGAAGAAGAUAGAAGACUUACUUACAGGUUUUGAGAAGAAAUUAGAAGGGUUCCAGGUCAACUCCAUUGCUACAGAAGCAGUACAGAGAUCACUCUAUGGAAUAUUUGCUCAGAACUAUCAUGCCUUUCAGGAACAAGUGAUCCCUUCUGUAGUUGAAGACACCUUCAAGAAUGUCUUUUAAGGGGUCACAGAUCCUCAGUGAUGUGAAUAGGAUUAUUCUCUACUUCAAUUUACCAUUCUAUGAAUACACUGAUAUACCUAUGCCUAGGAAGAUCUUCCCAGUGUCUCAAGAUUAUUCAAUCAAAGCAAUGCUGGAAGCAUUCGAGAAGAAAGGACUCAAUCUGAGACAACCUAAUGUGAUCAUAAUGAAGGUAGACAAAGACCUCAUUGUUGGAGGAUAUGCUUCACACGGAUGGAGCAUCAGUGAGAAAAAGAGAGGAGAUGAUAGCUGCUUCUUGUUCAAUCUUAAACAAAACUUUAGAUUCACCUGUGUCCCUGGUAAGAAGCAUUAUCAAGAAACAAUCACCAAAGAUGGAAUCAAGUUUGGUGACACUGAUCUAGUUAUUAUGAAUGACUUCAAAGUUGUUACAAGUGAAAUUACUGGAGAGCAUUUUAUUUUUGGAUCACAUCUCUUACAAAACAAGCUAGAUUCCUUGAUUCCAGACAAAAAACAAUUUGAACCAGAAAGCGUAGAAGUAUGGUCUUUCAAUGAAUAA